AUGAAAGAAAGUUCAAAGGGUCAUUUGCCCAGUGUGGGCUACAUUGGUCAUCUGCCCAGUGUGGGCUACAUUGGUCAUCUGGCCAGUGUGGGCUACAUUGGUCAUCUGCCCAGUGUGGGCUACAUUGGUCAUCUGUCCAGUGUGGGCUACAUUGGUCAUCUGCCCAGUGUGGGGUAUAUUGGUCAUCUGUCCAGUGUGGGCUACAUUGGUCAUCUGCCCAGUGUGGGCUACAUUGGUCAUCUGUCCAGUGUGGGCUACUACAUUGGUCAGCUGCCCAGUGUGGGCUACAUUGGUCAUCUGCCCAGUGUGGGCUACAUUGGUCAUCUGCCCAGUGUGGGCUACUACAUUGGUCAUCUGCCCAGUGUGGGCUACAUUGGUCAUCUGCCCAGUGUGGGCUACUACAUUGGUCAUCUGCCCAGUGUGGGCUACAUUGGUCAUCUGCCCAGUGUGGGCUACAUUGGUCAUCUGCCCAGUGUGGGCUACAUUGGUCAUCUGGCCAGUGUGGGCUACUACAUUGGUCAUCUGGCCAGUGUGGGCUACAUUGGUCAUCUUGCCGCAUAUGUUGUUUGA